UAUGAGAGCCAUUCUCUAUGCUUUCUUGAUGCUAGAGGUUGUUUUUAUAGCAUUGUCUUCUCAAAAGAAUUCUUGUGAAAUGCUAGAACGUUUUGCACUAAAUGGUCUGUAUGAAAAAGGAGACAUAAUGCUAGGCGGAAUUUUUGCCAUACAUUUUGGAUCAGUUGCACCACAAUUAUCCUUUCAAAGUAAGCCUGAGCAAUGGAAGUGUUACAGUUUAGACAGUGCCGUAUUUCGAAGAAUGCAGACAAUGAUCUUUGCCAUCAGAGAAAUAAACAGAAACCCAAACAUUCUUCCAAAUAUAACACUGGGUUACAGAGUGUAUGACAACUGCCUGAAUCUGCAAUUAUCUCUGAGAGCAGCAAUUACUCUUACUGGAGGUCAGGAUGACAUAAACCCUGAUGACACCUGUAAGGGACUGCCGCCUGUGGUUGCCAUUGUUGGAGAUCCACUUUCAACCCAUUCGAUUGCAAUAUCAAGAGUCCUGGCCACUUUCAGAAUGCCUUUGGUUAGCUACUGUGCCACAUGUUCCUGCUUGAGCAAUAAAUUAGAGUUUCCAAGUUUCUUCAGGACAAUCCCAAGUGAUGCCUUCCUAAUAAAAGCAAUAAUGGAGGUUAUUAAAUAUUUUGGAUGGACCUGGAUUGGUAUUAUAAUCACAGAUGAUGAUUAUGGCGAGAAUACCCUUAAGAACUUUAAUGAAGAAUUACAAGAUUUUGGCUGUUUGUCAUUUACAGAAAUUCUUAAAAUCAAUGAGUUGUCAAGGAUUCCUGAAACAGUAAAAAUUGUUAAAAAAUCAACAGCAAGAGUAAUUGCUGCAUUUUUGCCAAAAUUCCACAUAACUGCUUUGAUUGAGGAAGUAGUUAAACAAAAUGUAAGAGGAAAGCAGUGGCUUGCAAGUGAAGCAUGGAGUGUAUUUCCUAAUUUAGCCAGUGGCAAAAAUUUUGCUUUUUUUGGUGGUACAAUUGGCAUUGCAACACGUAAAAGAGAGAUUCCUGGGCUGCAGGAUUUUCUUCUACAGGUGCAUCCUGUUGUUGAUCCAAAUAACAACUUAUAUAAUAAAUUAUGGGAAACAAUAUUUAAUUGCAGUUUUGCUUAUGAUUCUUCAUCUGAUAUCACCUCCAAUAAAACUUGCACAGGACUUGAGGACAUCAGGAGCACAAAAACACCAUAUCAUGAUGUUUCAGACUUGCGUAUUUCCUAUAAUGUUUAUAAAGCAGUGUAUGCCUUAGCACAUGCACUUCAUAAUUUAAAAAUUUGCAGAGAUGGAAAAGGACCUUUUGAAAAUAAUUCUUGUGCAGACAGCACUAAAGUGCAACCUUGGCAGGUAUUGCAUUACCUGAAGGAAGUCAAUUUCACAACAGUUACUGGAGAAAGAGUGUUUUUUGAUGAAUAUGGAGAUGACAUUGCUGUUUUCGAUAUUGUUAACUGGCAGCUUGAUAGUAAUGGAGUUGUCAAGUGUGCAGUGAUAGGAGAGUAUGAUGGAACAGAUGCUGCCACACAAGAACUUUCUAUUAAUGAAAGCACUAUCUUUUGGAAUUUUCCUUUUCAAACCAUUCCUAAGUCAGCCUGCAGUAAAAGUUGCUCCUCUGGGUCAAGAAAAUCAUUCAGAAGGGGGGAGCCCCUUUGUUGUUUUGAAUGUGUACCUUGUGGUGAAGGAGAAAUUAGUAAUGAAACUGAUUCCAGUAAUUGUAUCAAAUGUCCAUCAGACUUUUGGUCAAACUUCAACAAAACAAAAUGUGUGCUGAAGGAGGUGGAUUUUCUUUCAUUUACUGAAGUCAUUGGAAUUAUCCUGACCGUAAGUUCAGGAUGUGGAGUCUGCUUAUGUCUAAGCACCAUAGCAGUUUUCAUUCAUUACAGGACAUCACCUCUUGUAAAAGCCAACAAUCUGGAGCUGAGCUUCAUUUUGCUGAUUUCAUUAACUCUGUGUUUCCUUUGUGCACUGGGCUUCAUAGGGCAACCUACACAAUUGACUUGCAUAGUAAGACAUGUGGUGUUUGGGAUCAGUUUUGCGCUCUGUGUGUCUUGCAUUCUGGUGAAAACUAUUGUCGUGAUUAUGGCUUUUAAAGCAGUAGUACCUAGUAAUAAGAUCCUGAAAUGGUUUGGUGCUGCCCAGCAAAGAGGAGCUGUGCUCAUGCUAACUCUGUUUCAGACUCUAAUAUGUAUUGUCUGGUUCACAACAGCUCCUCCAUUUCCAUAUAAAAAUACUAAAUAUGAAAAGUUUAAGGUUAUAUUGGAAUGUGAUGUUGGAUCAGUAGUAGGAUUUAGCUGCCUGCUAGGAUACAUUGGCUUGCUUGCUGGAGUUUGUUUUGCUUUAGCAUUCCUUGCAAGAAAUCUCCCCGACAACUUCAAUGAGGCCAGAUUAAUCACAUUUAGCAUGCUCAUAUUCUGUGCAGUCUGGAUAACAUUCAUUCCAACAUACAUUGGUUCUCCAGGAAAAUAUGCUGUCAUUGUGGAAGUUUUUGCAAUAUUGACAUCAAGCUUUGGUCUGCUUAUUAUAAAAUUCUCACCAAGAUGUUAUGUUAUCUUGUUUCGGGCAGACUUAAACACCAAGAAAGCCAUCAUGGGCAGAGGAAGGCCCCAAACAAUUAAACAAAGACAUGUGUGCUUGGAAUAAAUGAAAACAUUUUGUGGAAAUAAACAAUGAAUAAUUAAUAAAAUGAAAAAUGAUUAAAAGGUCUUUACUGCUUUUAUAAUUAAUUCAAGCAUUCUGUUUCUAAUAAACAGCUACAGAACAGCCAGUGGUUUGCGUUGUUUCCACACAUUUAUCUAAUGACUGGUCUGGUCACAAUAAAAUUUGCACAGUCACCCUGCAUUUGUGUGUUG